CAUAGUUUCAAUAGCUUCCUACUAAGAACAGCUAAGAUGAAAUUUUUGGGUAUUUUUUUGGUUUUAGGUGCCCAUCAGGUGGUACCAUCUUUGGCAACAGGCCUGAGAAACCAUCCUACACCGUCAACAAGUACCACAAAAACAACAACCACCGUACCACCUCCAGACAGACCGCCAUGUCCAAAAGACUGCAAAGAACCAAUUUACGUGCCUGACACUGACUGUUGCAAAUACUGGCAAUGCGACGAAGGUAACGCUAUGCUACGAACCUGUCCGUCAGGUCUAAACUGGAAUCCUAGUAAAAACGUUUGCGAUUGGCCGGCAAAUGCAGGAUGUGACGGUAACGGUUGGUGCAAUCUUGUUCCCAUUGUUUGCCCAACAACUCCCAAACCAACCACUACACCCAAGCCAACCAAAGAUCCAAAUGCACCUCCAUGUCCAGCCGAUUGUCUACAUCCCCUGUUUGUUCCUGACAAGGACUGCUGCAAAUAUUGGCAAUGCGACUCCGGUACAGCUACCAAAUUAAGUUGUCCAUCAAAUCUGAACUGGAACCCUGUUUUGGAUACUUGCGAUUGGCCUGAAAAUGCCGGCUGUACUGGACAAGGAUGGUGCGAUGAUGAUCUCAAAUGCCUUCCUUUGAACACAACGACUAGCUCUACUUCUACUAGUACUGCGUCUACCAUAAAUCCAAAAGCACCACCAUGUCCAAAGGACUGUUCUGAUUUAGUCACAAUUCCUAGCACAAUUUGUCACAACUACUGGCAAUGUAUCAAUGGAGUAGCGAACGAAGUGAGUUGCCCUAGAGAUCUUGAAUGGAAUCCCAUUUCGAAAACGUGCGAUUGGCCUGGAACUUCUGGAUGUACUGGACAGGGCUGGUGCGAUGAUGACUUAAAAUGUCCUCCAACUACCAAGCCAACCUCAACAUCUACAACUACCAAAGAUCCAAGAGCUCCUCCCUGUCCUGCUGAAUGUCGUGAAGCACUUCUGAUUCCCAGUACAGAUUGCUGCAAGUACUGGGAAUGCGAUAACGGCGUAGCUAAGGAACUUAGUUGUCCAGCAGGACUUGAAUUCAAUCCCAUUUCGAAGGUUUGCGAUUGGUCAGAAUCUGCCGGGUGUAGUGGUCAAGGCUGGUGCGAGGAAGAUUUGGAAUGCCCGGAAGAUUCAUCACCUUAGGAUGAUUGAAGAAAUCACUAAAUAAUAGGUAUUUGGUUUGGUCAAGUUUGAGUAAUACGACUUGAUAAACAUUACCUAAUAUUUAGCUACAUUGAAGCUUUCGAAAUACUUUUUGAUUUUAUUGUCAUUGUGUCAAUAUUUUUAAAUAAACGAAAUACAAAAGCAAACA